AUGGUUGUUAAGAACAAAGAAAAAGUUAAAGCAGAUGACAGAAAACAGAGGGAAAAGGCAUUUUUCCCCCACCGAAGCCCCCAGAAAGACAAAGAUGAGCGAGGGGCCACGCCACCCCCGGCCCUGAGCGGCGUCCGCACCUGCCAGGAGAGGCUGGGGGCCGGGGUUCGGCCGCAUGGGAAGGGGCGGCCCAGCCCCGGCCCCUCGGCGUCCGCCCUGGCCCCGCCGCUGGGGCAGGAACCGGGGCCGGAGGGCUCCCAAGGGCCCGUCCGCGGCGGCGGGGGCGCGCAGCCGCCUUCCAGCCCGGCCCGCCGAGCCUCCCCGCGGCGAGCGCGGUGGCGCCCGCACCUGCCCCGCGCCCUGCCGCAGCCCCGGCCAGUCGCUUCACCCACCUGGCGCCCCCGCCGCGCCUCCCGUACGUCACAGCGCGACCCCGUGCCCCUCGGCACCCGCAGCGCGGGAGCGAGCGGACGCCGGGAGACCCUGCUCGGCAGUCGCCGCCGCCGCCCGGUUCGUCGCCAGGCCGCCGACAGCGAACCUGUUGCGCAGCGUCUCACGGCCGCUCGGGCUUCGCGGCGCCGCCUCAGCCCCACAACAACAUGGCGGCCGCGGCCUCCGCAGGAAGCCGGGGGGCGGGGAGGUAGGCGACGGGCCGGGCGGCUGACGGCCCGCCCGCCAGCCCGCGGCCGGCACCGACUCCCCCACCGUCGGGAACCCGAAGUUGGCCCGGGCGCGGCUCCUCACCCCCAAGAGUCCCGGGGCACCGAACCCCGCGGGCCUGGUGCCAGAGUUCCGCUCUCCCCUCGGGGAGGCCCCGGAGCCCCGGGACCCGGCAGCCCUUCCUGGAGCAGCGACGGCCCACCUGGCUCCUCCUCCCCGAGUUUGGAUGCCUUUUAUUUCUUCUUCAUACGUAAUUGCUCUGACCAGGACUUCCAAUGUUAUGUUGAGCAAAGAAUUAUGAAAGUUUUAUGGAAACAACAACAGCAACAACAACAACAACAACAACAACAACAACAGUGAAUUUGAAGGCUAUGAAAAUGCUUCUCUCAAUAUGGAAAAAGCCCAGGAUUGCCCUCAUGGAGAGAGAGGCCACAAAUCCCAGCCUUUCCAGACAUCCCAAAUGAAGUCCCAGAUAUGUGAGUAAGGUCAUCUUAGGCCGUCCAAACCCAGCUGACUGCAGCCACGAAAGUAACCCGGGCAAGACCAGCCCAGCCAACCCAUAGUAUUGUGAGAAAUAAUAAACUUUUGCAAGCCACUGUU